CUGAAACUUUGCACAGCAGCCAUUUGCGAAUUUAGACACCAGAUAUAUGCAUUUGCGCGGCAAGAAAAGUCGGGAAGACCGUUUUCGGACCCCUAGGGAACUUUGCGCGGAUACGGAGAAUUUGACAAAUCGCAAAUUAAUUUGGCGUCAAUUUGGUGACUUAGGGCAACUGGUCUAUUUGGUGCUGCAGCCCUUAUGCUCAUUUCGCGCGUCGAGCGUCGGGGCGUUACGUAGCGCGAUGGAGGGCGUGUGGAGGAGGAAUGCGCGGGUGGCACGAAGGCGGUGUGUUGUAUUACACGUGGUGAAGUGUGAAGGCGCGCGCCCUUCUCGCCGUGUUCCGCACACCACGUUCGGAGAGUCGUCGGAGGUGCGCGACGCGCGCACGCUGGACAACCCGAAGGACGAACACGCCGCGUGCGGUUCUUCAUGAAAGCGCGCCAUGUGUGUGCUCAUGUCUCGCACUUCCAUUGCACUUUCCGGUUCGCACCGCGCGUGGACCCUCGCGGGCGCGUUCCCACGCCAUCGCCGUGAACGGUAUGGCGAGGGCGAACGUACGGGUCUUCGAGCCAACGACGUAGCUCUUCUUCGUCGGGGAGGGGAACGGGGUCCGCGUACUCGCGAAGAAGCCGCGCGCCGUGAUCGCCGUUUCGACGGCACCAACUCACGAAGGGCUCCUCCGCGUUCUCGCGCGGCGUGUCGUCGGGAUUCCUUGGAUAUAGCCGCCCCAUAUAUCCGGCGCGCGCGCGCGAAAGUGCCGCUCCCGCGAGGCGUCGUUGUCGUUCGAGGACGACUUCAUCGUCACCCCGAGGUGCCUUUCCGCGUAGUACGAAAUUCGCGUACUCAUUUCAGACUAACAAAGGGUUGGCACUUUGGAUACGGGGCGCCAAACGCAUUUGCUUGGUUGAAAUUAGCGUCCCUUAGGUCGGGGAAAAUGCCUAGAUGGUGAGAAGGUAAACCUUCUCCCAAAUUGACAAAAAAAACACCUCAAAAUCACAGG